AUGACUAUAAUGCUCCAGGUUUGCCAUGGAGGACAAAAAAGAAAGACAUAUGAUCAACACACACUGAAUGCUGGAGGUGAUCGAAGAGCAUCAGAUACUGGAGGUGUUCAACAGGCAUCAGAAGUCAGAGGUGUUCAGUUGGCGCCAGAAUUUGGAGGUGUCCAACAGGCGUCAGAUUUUGGAAUUGUUCAACAGGUGUCUGAUGCUGGAGAUGUCCAACAGGCAUCAAAUGCUGGAAGUGUUGAACUGGCAUCAAAUGCUACAGGUGUCCAACAGGCAUCAAAUGCUGGAAGUGUUGAACUGGCAUCAAAUGCUACAGGUGUCCAACAGACAUCAAAUGCUGGAAGAUUUGAACUGGCAUCAAAUGCUACGGGUGUCCAACAGGCAUCAGAUGCUGGAAGUGUUGAACUGGCAUCAAAUGCUACGGGUGUCCAACAGGCAUCAAAUGCUGGAAGUGUUGAACUGGCAUCAAAUGCUACGGGUGUCCAACAGGCAUCAAAUGCUGGAAGUGUUGAACUGGCAUCAAAUGCUACAGGUGUCCAACAGACAUCAAAUGCUGGAAGUGUUGAACUGGCAUCAAAUGCUACAGGUGUCCAACAGACAUCAAAUGCUGGAAGUGUUGAACUGGCAUCAAAUGCUACAGGUGUCCAACAGGCAUCAAAUGCUGGAAGUGUUGAACUGGCAUCAAAUGCUACAGGUGUCCAACAGGCAUCAAAUGCUGGAAGUGUUGAACUGGCAUCAUAUGCUACAGGUGUCCAACGGGCAUCAGAUGCUGGUGGUGUCCAGCAGGCGUCAGAACCUAACAGACAAAAUGAGCUAGAUGGGACCGUGUAAUUAGACUAGCUUUAAAGACUAGGCUCUUGCAUUCUGCGUGCUCUUGUAUAUUGCUUUGUAUAUAUUUUAAUUUUGUUGAAAUAAAUGAAAAGAAAUCAUUCCCACUUUCUUCCUCAUUAUAAACCCAUAUUUUAAUAUGCCGCCAAAAAGGGAAUCCAACGACAUCGCCCAGCUUGUCAUUGACAAGAAAAAAGUAGUCAAUUAAAAAUGCUUGUACAAGAUGCGGUUACGGAGGCAAUGUCUGCAAUCGUCACCCGGCUAGAGAUGCAGGAUGGCCGGAUUAUGGAGCUUGAGGGGAGAAUAAGGGCCCAGGAGUCGGAGAUACAACUACGUAAGGAGAUGGAAAAGAAAACCGUUGAAAAGAGGGUAGUCUUGGAGCAAAAAUUGAUGACCUGGAGCAAAAAUACAGAUCUCGCAACAUCAGGAUCCAAGGAGUUCCAGAGGUGAAAGAUGAGGAUCCAGAGGAGGCUGUCCUUGACAUUGGCAGGAAGAUGGGGGUCCACGUGACUUCAACCGACAUUGUACGAUGUCAUCGACUGGGUCCUCUAGUUGACAAAGGAGCAAGAAGAAAUUUACCUCUUAGCAUAUAUAGUAUGGUAGGAAUACCAAAUGAGGUUAUGUCAGAUUUAGGUCAGCAGUUUGUUUUCAAGUCUGAUGACAGAGGUGCCAAGACUGUUGUCAAUUAGACAGGUCACUAUUUCUAGGUAUCAUCCGAUAUAUAAGGGUUAGUGGAGAGUGGAUAUAUAAGGGUAUAAUGGUCUAGUGAAGACUGCGCUGCAACGGUUGUGUGCAGAUGAACCACGUGAGUGGGAUAGGUAUUUACCAGCACUCCUCUUUGCAUUACGUGAGACCACUAGUUCUAGCCUUGGGUAUUCCCCAUUGAGUUGUUGUAUGGGAGGAAUGUUCGUGGUCCCAUGGAUGUGUUGCGGGAAAUAUGGACAAAUGAUGAGGUAACACCACAGCUGAAAGAUGAGUAUGAAUAUGUCAUAGAGCUUCGAGAGAGAUUAGUCAAGUCAUGGGAGCUAGCUCAAGAUGCACUGAAAGGUGAUGCAGGAAAUUACAAGAAGUGUUAAAGACAGGAAUGCUAGAAACAGGAAAUUGAGUAGUGGAGAUCAGGUGUUGACCUUGCUUCCUACUGAUCAGAAUGGGUAAUAAAUGCAGUCUUGUCUUUGUCACUGUUCCUCAUGGAGAUUUGCCAGUAAACCUUCGUCAUAUCCAGUUUACUGAAAUAACCGCUUUGCACCAAACUGAGCUUUGGGGUCAGGUAUGGGUUCUGGAUUGAACACUGUAAUGUUGUUCAGACGCCGAAAGUCAAUACAAAACCUAUUAGACACGUCCGGUUUCUUCAUCAUAACUAUGGGAUGACCAUAUGGGGAAUCUGCAUGCUCCCAUCCGCUGC